UAGUUUGUUGCAAAAUUUCAUAUUUAUUCUUUCAGGUGGAUUUUUCUGGGCAUUGUGAUAACAGUUCCCAUUUGGCUGACGGUGGCAAAUUACAUAUCCCAUCUAUCGCUAAAAUAUAGUUCAACAUACGAAGACAUGAACCAAUUAAGAACUCUCGGUAGUGCCUCUGGGAGAUAUUUUCCAACAAAACAGAGAACAGUACAUCAACAUGUCGCGUUUUUGAAAGUCCACAAGACCGGAAGUACAACCGCUCAAGGAAUUUUCCUACGUUACGGAUUACACAAGAAUUUAACUUUUGUUGUUCCCAAUAAUAAAUCAUGGUAUCCAAACAUUAUCGCUUUAAACGAUUCCGUGAUACCCGGUUACAAUAUAAUUCCUCCCCCAGUAGGGAAAACCUAUGACAUCUUGUGUUUCCACGUCGUUUACAAUCGCUUAGCGUUUGAAGAUGUCAUGCCAAAUGAUACUAAGUACAUUGGGAUCGUUCGUGAACCAUUCCUGCAAUUUGAUUCCACCAUCCGAUAUUUUAGAUUUGGGGAAGAUCACGGAGUAGCACAAUACAUUCGCCUUUUUCUGAAGAAUCCAAAAUUAUACAUGAAGAAAAUGGAUCAGCUGGGUUCCACCUUUAUAAACAAUAGAAUGGCUUUUGAGUAUGGUUUUCCCUCCAGUCUGUUUCACUCUUUUGACAUGCUCGCCGUAAAGCAGUAUUUGGAGAAACUCGAUAAAGAAUUCCAUGUAGUUAUUGUAAACGAGUAUAUGGAUGAAUCAGUCAUUCUAUUACGUCGAGUGUUGAAUUGGGAUUUGAAGGACAUCCUCUUUGUUAAUCUAAAUGUCAAUCCCAAUCGCCAUGACUUAAAUCAGGUCGGCCUGAAAGAAAUUCGUUUAUAUCGUCAGUAUGCCAAAUUGGACUAUGAAUUGUACAAUUUUUUCGUCAAACGUUUAUGGCAACAGAUCUAUUCUUAUGGAGAAGAUAUUCUAGAAGAAAUUUCGUAUUUCAAAUUAUUGAGAAAACACUUACAGAAUUUCUGCAGUAGUGUAGAUAAAAGCUUCCUAAAAGUAGAAGAAUCAUCAUGGAGUUCCUCGUUCAGUGUGACAAAAGACGACUGUAUAGAAAUGCAAGAAGGAGAAUUUUGGUAUCUCAGGAAUAUAAUGAAACAUCAGUAUUCCAAUGGAACUCAAAAUUAAUAUCUCUCUCCCCCCCUCUCUCUCUCUCUUUCUUUCUUUCUCUCUCAUUACUUCGAUGGGU